AGAAGCUUAGAUUUAACAGUCCUUGCAGAUAAGAGAAGACGUCUUGUUAAAAAAGCAUUAAAAAAUAUAUUCAGACGUAAAUUAGGACCCAUGUAUGAACAGUUUGUACUGCAACUAGAAAUUAGAGAUACAUCAAAUUUGGUAGGCUCAAAUUUGGCAACCCUUAUACAAGGGAGAAGAAUUACUGGAACAUCUUUAGAAAAUACAAUCAGACGACGUGUAUUAGAAACUGAAAAUACUGAAGUUGUCGAAGACCAAAAUGAAUCUGUACAUGAUUACUCUUUAUUACCGUUGUGUCGGUUGAUGGGAUUAUACUUGAGCACACUAUUUCCAACACCAUACAUAAAAAGAAUUCGGAUUGACCCCGAUGAUAUUACUUGUACUCUGGAUGAUGGAACUAUAGAAAGAAAAUUCAAAAAAAUCAAUGGUGUAUGGUCGCAAAUAAGCUCAACUACUCGAGGAGCUAAUAACAGAAUUUAG